AUAUUAAACCUUGUCGUCCGUUUCUAACCCUGGUUGAAAUAAGUCAAGGGAAAUUCAAGCCAGGAGCGUUAUUCGUACAUCCCGGUUUAAAGUUUAUUCUAACUUUUUAGUAUAUUUGAGUUGAGUUUCGAAGUAUAUGUUUCUGCUGUUCGCAAGUGUGUGUUGCACCAAGAAAUCUACUUGUGUUUAAAAUGUCAGGCACGGACACGGUGGUUUUAGAAGGAUUCUGUGAGGAUUCCCCACAUCCAAAAAUGGUGACAAGAAUGCAAAGAUUUUGGUACUGGUUUUGGAAAAUAAGCUUGGGAAUUGUACACUUUAUAGCACAUUGCAUUUAUGUCCUAUUUUAUUGUGGCAGAGGAAAAGUUGUGCCAAGUGUCGAGAAUCCCUUACUUUUAAAGUCAGCCACAAAAUUAGCAGAAGAAAUAAGAGAAGGCAAGCUUAAGUCCGUCGAUGUUGUCCAAGCCUACAUAAACAGAAUCCUCGAAGUCGAACCGUACAUCAACGCGACGGUAGAUCGCUGCUUUUUAGACGCCAUGGAGGAAGCGAGGAUGGCAGAUUCACUCAUUGCCUCUGGCCAAUACACCAAAGAACAGCUCGCAGACCUGAAGCCUCUCUUAGGUGUUCCUUUCUCCGUGAAAGUCCUUCUUCUGGUUAAAGGGCUUCGAUGUACUGGUGCGUCGAAGAUUUUCGCCGAUUUAAAAGCUGGAGACGAUUCUCCCAGUGUGGCCCUCAUGAAGAAAGCUGGAGCCAUUGUCAUAGCAACGACCAACAGCGCCGAAAUGGGCAUGCAUUUUGAGACAAACAACCUUAUACACGGGACAACAUGCAAUCCUUAUGACACCAAUAGAACCAGUGGAGGCAGUAGCGGGGGAGAGAGUGCCUUGAUCAGUGCUGCUGGUUCUCCUCUUGGAUUAGGAAAUGAUCUGUUAGGGAGUAUCCGAGUUCCAUGCCACUUCACAGGGUUGUUUGGACAUAAGCCUACCAUGGGUUUGGUUCCAAAUUUGGGUUGCCAUCCGGCACCUGAUCCAAGCAUGGCUGAUUACUUAUAUACGGGACCAAUGUGCAGAUAUGCAGAGGAUCUCAUAGUCAGUAUGAGAGUGUUGUCUUCUGAAAGUGGAGUACCAAUCAAUUUCGGACAAAAAGCGGAUUUUAGAAGUUUGAAAAUUUAUUACAUGAAGAAUAUCCGUGGCCCUAUGAUAGUUCCUGUUGAUAAAGAUAUUAGUCAAGGGUUGGAAAAUGCGAUUACAUACUUUAAGAGCAAAUAUGAUGUGAAAACCAAAGAGAUAAACAUGCCAUCUUUAUAUGAUGCAGGCAGAUGUGUUCUUAAUAUCAUAAUGAACGGCAUGAAAGAUCUGAAAGCUGUGCUCACUGCAGGAAAAGGAACUCACAUCAAUGAAAAAUUAGAUUUCGUCAAGUUCUUUUUUGGCAAAUCUAUUCUUUCCAACGGUCCACUUAUCGCCAUGAAUAUGUCAAAGUUAUCUAUGUUUUAUGAUAAGAGUAAAGCACCUCACUAUAAAGAAUUGAUGGAUUGUUGGGCCAAAGAAUUCGACAGUCUUCUGGAUGAUAAUAGUGUACUCCUAAUGCCUACAUUACCCGUGACUGCACCUUACCACACAGAGAUGUUUUAUUUCUUGCCAAGUACUUGCUAUACGUCAAUAUUUAAUGUCCUGGGAUUGCCAUCAACGCAGUGUCCUGUUGGAUAUACUUCAAGUCGAUUGCCUUAUGGAAUCCAGAUUGUUGGUCGCAGAAAUAAUGAUGCCUUGACUAUUGCAUGUGCUGUUGAAUUGGAAAAAGCUUUUGGAGGUUGGAAGUCACCAGGAAGUUUGUGAGGCCAUUGUAAAUAUACUUUAUCUAGUCGUGCUUUUUUAUAAGGAAAUUAUCUUCAUUUCGUAAACAGGUUACGAAAAGUCAGCGUGAAUGCUUCAUCUCUUAUACAAAUCAUUUAAAAGAGUUUGAAAAUCAUACAUGGAUGUUUCAUACUUUGAUUACCAUAUUACAGGACACAAAUCUUACGACUAUGUUUGAAAUCAUAUAAACGAACAAAGAAUUUUCCUCAUAAUCUUCAUAGAGAAAAAUGAAGCAAUUCAUCAUUCCUUGCAUAAACUGAGUUAUGCCUAGAGCAAAAUUCUUUUCAUCACUUGGCGAUCAUAAUGCUAUAGCUUAUAAGCAACAAUUGGGGGCUUGUUCAUUGACCAUAAUCUUCAGGAGCAACUCAUGAUUCUUUACAUAGAUCCUCUGGAAUGUUAAUCUUCAUAGAGAAGAAGGAGCAACUCAUUAAUCUUUCCAUAGACAAACUUAUGCCUUGCUCAAAAUCACUUUUGUCAUUUGGCGAUCCUAACGCAACAGCUUAUGGGAGCCACAAUAAUCGGGCGCUUAUUCAUUGACUAUAAUCUUUAUAGAGAAGGAGCAACUCAUUAUUCUUUACAUAUAUACUCUGGAAUAUUCAUAGAGAAGAAGGAGCAACUCAUUAUUCUUUAAAUAGACAGACUUAUGCCUUGCGCAAAAUCAUUUUUAUCACUUGGCGAUCCUAAUGGAACAGCUUAUGGGCACCAAAACAAUCGGGCGCUUGUUCAUUGACCAUAAUCUUCAUAGAGAAGAAUGAGUAACUCAUGAUUCUUUUCAUAGACUGAUUUAUACCUUGAGCAAAAUCCCGUUUAUCAUAUGGCGCUCCUAAUGGAACAGCUUAUGGGAUUCACAACGAUCGGGUACUUGUUCAUCAGCUAUAAUCUUCAUAGAGAAGGAGCAACUCAUCAUUCUUUACAUAAACUGAUUUAUACCUUGAGACAAAUCAUUUUUAUCACUUGGCGAUUCUAAUGCAACAGCUUAUGGGCACCAAAACAAUCGGGCGCUUGUUCAUUGACCAUAAUCUUCAUAGAGAAGAAUGAGUAACUCAUGAUUCUUUUCAUAAACGGAUUUAUACCUUGAGCAAAAUCCCGUUUAUCAUAUGGCGCUCCUAAUGGAACAGCUUAUGGGAUUCACAACGAUCGGGUACUUGUUCAUCAGCUAUAAUCUUCAUAGAGAAGGAGCAACUCAUCAUUCUUUACAUAAACUGAUUUAUACCUUGAGACAAAUCAUUUUUAUCACUUGGCGAUUCUAAUGCAACAGCUUAUGGGCACCAAAACAAUCGGGCGCUUGUUCAUUGACCAUAAUCUUCAUAGAGAAGAAUGAGUAACUCAUGAUUCUUUUCAUAAACGGAUUUAUACCUUGAGCAAAAUCCCGUUUAUCAUAUGGCGCUCCUAAUGGAACAGCUUAUGGGAUUCACAACGAUCGGGUACUUGUUCAUCAGCUAUAAUCUUCAUAGAGAAGGAGCAACUCAUCAUUCUUUACAUAAACUGAUUUAUACCUUGAGACAAAUCAUUUUUAUCACUUGGCGAUUCUAAUGCAACAGCUUGUGGGAGACACAUCAAUCAGGCGCUUUUUCAUUAGCCAUAAUCUUCAUGGAAAAGAAAGGGCAACUGAUGAUUCUUUACAUAGACUGACACUUAUGCCUUAAACAGAAUCACUUUUAUAAUUUGGCGAUCUUAAUAAAAAAGCUUAUGGGCAUUACAACAAUAGGGAGCUUGUCAAUUAUCCAAUUUCACUGGAAUUAUAGAGAGAUACAAGAUUUAAAUUUGUCCAAGCCGAAUCUAAAUGGGAAAAGAUGGCUGCCACCUAGCAAUCCAUGCGAUAGGUAGGUAAUGUAGGAAGCAAAGCACCGAAGUGCGAUAUUGAGGACUAUCAAUUUGCUCAUUUACAUCAAGAUUCCCUAGAAUGCCAAACAGUUGGACUUCCACCAGCUGAAAAUCAACUUCGACCCACUCUAAUGUCAAAAAGUCAUAGACCUCCCAGCAACUCAUUUAAGCCUGCAUGUAUGUAUGAGUAAUAAAAGAAAUGAAUCGAAUUAAAAUAUGUGCCAUGAGGAAUGAUGUUUUAAAUACAAUAUUUUUAGACAUAUCAAAGUAAUAUAUACAAGAAUUCCAUGUAAUUAGUAUUAAAAAAAAGUCCUAAAACAUCCGACAAAUGAUGUUCUCUCACAUAACUAUGAAGCGGAGCUCCAGUUUAAAGCAUUUUGCAAAGAUCCACAGAAUUGUUGUGUUGUGAGACUUUGCCGGUUGACCUUUAAAAAGUUGGGAAAGAAGUAUAAAAUGGACAUCUGUUUCGUAGAUAAUUAAUAUUAUAAUAAAUGCGACUGUAUUGAACGCAGAGCAUAUUUCUUUCUCAUUCCCCAUGAAGAAUAUAUCUUCAGUUAGAUAUAAUGAAUUUUGGUUAAUGAUUGUCUCUUGGCUUACUAAUGUAAUCUCAUCUGAUAUCACACAUUUUUUACGACAAGCCUAACAACUCAUCAGAACCAGACUAUAUCAGCAUUUUAUAAUAACAAAUAUUAAUUUCAUUAUGAGUAUAUUUAUAUUUUUGCAUGUAUAUUUUAAAUAUAUUAAUAAAUGUUUGAUAUUUAAAUGAAGAAUCAAUGAAGAUAUUAAAAAAACUCUUACUUUUUAUAUUCAUAUUGUUCACAUUUAGCUAGGUAUAUUAAUAUACAAUUUGUUGAUUGCUAAAGAUGCGAGGAUUUUUAUUUGUUCUUGAGACCAUGUGUUUAUGUACUAGCCUUGGCUACCAACAAUGGAUUGUCAUUAAUAAGAUAUUAGAAAGGAAAAGAUGUCGGCUCUUCGACAAUUUACUUCGUCACUUUUGAAUCCAGAAUCCAAUCAAGUCUCGAAUUAGAACUUGUGGUUUUGCAUAAACUAAUCUUUUAAAUGAAUAUUUUGCUUGAGGAAAUUUAUUUUCGGAAGAAAUAUAUAAAAACUAUAAAUCAAAUAAGUGCCAAAAAAACAACAACACCCAAACGGUGUUUUAAGUUAAGGUGUCAAAUGAAUAUAAGCUGUUAUGUAUUAAAUAUCAAAGAUGCCUAAUAGUCUUCUUGGAUUUUUUUUAAUUGGAAAAUAUCACCAAUAUGUGCAUU